AUGGCUGCCCAACUUCCCACGCGCCAAUUGGGCAAGGAUGGGCCGUGGGUUAGUGCGUUGGGGUAUGGGGCUAUGGGGCUGAGUUCUACGCUCUACGGCGAUGCUGGAGACGAGGAAGAGCGGUUGGCGUUUCUGGAUAAGGUGUUUGAGAUGGGGUGUACGUUCUGGGAUACUGCUGAGGGCUAUGGGGACAACGAAGAGCUGAUUGGGAAGUGGUUCAAAAGGACUGGAAAGCGUGAUCAGGUAUUUCUGGCAACCAAAUUCGCAGUCAGAGGCUUAGCAGACGGUACACGCAUUUUCUCCAAUGAGCCGGAGUACAUACGAAAAGCCAUCGAUGGGAGUCUGGAAAGACUGCAAACCGACCAUGUUGACCUCUGGUACUGCCACCGCUUCGACGGCAAAGUCCCCGUCGAAACCAUCGUCUCUACCAUGGCCUCCGCCGUCCACUCGGGCAAAGUUCGCUACCUCGGCCUUUCGGAAUGCUCCUCCACCACCCUCCGCCGCGCCAUGACCAUCCACCCCAUCCACGCCGUCCAAAUCGAAUACUCCCCCUUCACCCUCGACAUCGAAAACGCCUCCGGCACAAACCUGCUCGCCACGUGUCGCGAGCUGGGCGUAGCGACCGUAGCCUACAGCCCGCUCGGCCGGGGGGUGCUUACAGGCCAGUACAAAAGCGCCGAGGACUUCGGGCCGGGCGAUUGGAGGCGUAACAUGCCUCGAUUCUCAGCGGAGAAUUUCCCCAAGAAUCUCGAGCUCGUUGACAAACUUUCCGCCAUCGCGAAAAUGAAAGGUUGUACGACGGGGCAAUUAACGCUGGCGUGGUUGAUGGAGCAGGGGCCGGAUGUGAUUCCGAUUCCGGGGACGAAGAAGGCGAAGUAUCUUGAGGAGAAUUUGGGGAGUUUGCGGGUGGUGUUGAGUGAGGGGGAGGCGGGGGAGAUUAGGGAGGCGGUGGAGGGUUGUGUGACGAGUGGGGAUCGGUAUCCGGGGGUUAUGGCGAAGGUUUGUUUUGGAGAUACGCCGGAGCUGGAGGGGAGGGAAGGAGGGGGGUAG